AUGGCCGUCGAACAUAGAAUUAAAAAAAGGUCGUUUAAGUUGUCUACGAGAUUAGUCAGUAAGCCUAGUGGCAGUAAAGUGAGUCGGCUGGAUAUUUGGAGAUCAUGCCUACCAUUGCAGCGAGAUAUAUUCACCAGUCCACAGCUACGAGCUGUAGAAGAAGUGAAAGCACCGACCUUUCCCGACUCUGUUACAUCAGGAGAUGUCAAAUUAGUAAAAAAAGAAGGUGACGCGGUUGGCAUGGACGAAGUGGUCUUGGAGAUAGAGACAGACAAGACAGCACUGCCGGUCAUGUCCCCGGGUAACGGCACCAUAGUCAAGAUGCUUGUCAAAGACGGUGAUGCAGUCAAGUCGCAGCAACCCCUCUUCCAGGUGGACGUGACUGGAGUGGCACCAGUGAAAGCCGCAGCAGCUGCGCCAGCACCCAAGGCCGCAGCACCCGCUGCAGCACCAGCGGCGGCAGCUCCUGUCGCCGCCAGAGCACCAGCUGCCAAAGCGCCUGCCAAAGCUGCCGCCAAGCCAGCCGCUGCUAAGAAGGCUGCGGGACCAACUGCUGCCUCUAUAAAAAUAGGCGAUCCAACAAAGACCAUAUCAGGGACUCGUACAGAGCACCCUGUACCGAUGAACAAGAUGCGCAAGAGGAUUUCUGAGAGGUUGAAAGAAGCGCAAAAUACUACAGCUAUGCUUACCACCUUCAACGAAUGUGAUAUGAGGCGAGAUUUACAUUCAAAUUAA